AUGCCCUCCGUCAAGAACCCCAACGGCCCCUCCAAGAACCGGCUCGCCGCCCGGCGCGCAACAGCCCGCAGCAAGACGCAGAAGCAGACGGCGCAAGCAUCCAAGAACAAGAUCGCCAAGGCGGACGCGACGCGCGGGGCGCGCGCGGGCCUGCUGCCCAACAGCGGGCCCCGCGCCGCGCUCAGCUCCAAGAAGCGCCGUAAGCUCGAGCGCAAGAUGGGGUAUGCGCUGCAGCGCAAGUUUGAGCGGGACGGGGAGGUCUUGAUGGAAGAUGUUCCCGAGGAGACGGACGAGAACGAGACCAAGGAGAAGAAGGCGGGCACCGAGGCUGCGGAGGAGCAGAUGGCUGUCGAUACCGAGGAGAUUUCGUGA